UUUAAUGUUGUAUCUUGCGUUCGCGGUUUACCGUUCAUUUUUUCGAGAUUACAUGAAAAGUGUGUAGCGGAUUUGACCGGUUUUUCCUGAAAAUGGCCGAAGAUCGCGAAGAAGAGAAAGCUACCAGCCCCGCUGAUGCCAAAGAGGAUUCCUCCAAGGUAGAGGCCACUGAUAACAAGAAGAAGGCCGCCGAGGUGGCGACGGAAGAGGACAACGGUGAGGCAAGCGGCAAGGAAACGGCUUCCGCAGAUGAAGAGAAAGCUGACGACAAAGUCAAGUCCAAGAAGCCAGCCGAGGAGGUCAAGAAAAAAGAUGACGAUGAUGAAGCCGACGGCGAUGACAACGACGCCGAAGAAGACGAGGUAGAGGAGGAAGCCGACGAGGAGCAAGAGGACGAGGAGGAAGAAGAAGACGAACCAGAAGAAAAAGAAAAACCAGCUAAAGCUAAAAAGGAAGUCAAGGAAAAGCCGAAAGCUGAAGCCAAGUCUCCAGCGAAAAAUGGUGAGAAAAAGCCUGCUCCUCCGGUCAGUGGAAAGCCACUGGGAGCGAUCGCUCUGAUCGAUGCCAGCAUUGUCAAGAUGAAGUUGGAUGCUCUGCAAACGCUGCAUUUGAUCCUCUACGAAAAAGAAGGCAAAGCUCCGCACAUGAAGAAAAACCUGAGAAAAUUCAAUGGUUUCGGUUUUGAAGCCGAUUCGGAUGAGUAUAAAAAACGUUUGAAGGCAGCGGAGAAGAUGGACGAGAAGAAACUUGCUCAAACGGCCGAGGUUCUCGUGCUGGAAAGCACCGGCACUAAGGAGGAACUCGCUGAGCGAAUUAUGAAGUUCCUACUGAAGCCGGACGGCGAUGAAGAACUUCCGGAGGAGGAAGUCGAAGAAGAAGAAGAGGCAGCCGAGGAAGAAGAGGACGCAAGUGAAGAGGAAACUAAAAAACCUACCAAGCGAGCAGCUUCUUCUACACCUGGUAGAGGUCGUGAAGCCUCCAAAUCCUCGGGCGGUAGACCCAAGCGAACUACCGCUGGACGGGGCUAUCAAGAUUACUCCAGCUCCGAGGAAGAGGUAAAGGUUGUCAAACCGCGAGGCCGCCGUCGUAACGAUUCCGACAGUGGAUCUGACUACAAUCCCUCGGGCGGUUCCGAUUCCGAUGCCGGCAAGCGGAGGUCUGGCCGGGCUCCGGUACGAGGUAGUCGACUAUCGGUGCGAAACCGACGCCGACAGUCCAGCGACGAGGAGGAGUCCGAGAGCGUCAGCGAAGAGGACUUCACUGAUGACGAGCCCAAGAAGAAGAAGUCGAAACCAACGGGUCGGGGACGGGGACGCCCAGCCCCCAAGCUAGUCGGUAAAAGCCGAGGUCGCAAACGGAAGGCUGAAACCGAGAGCGAAGAAGAGGAAGAUGAGGAGGAAGAAUCCGAAGUAGAAAGCGAGAACAGUGAGAAGCCGCAGAAGAAAACACCUACCAAGGGCAAGGCGGCCGACAUCAGCAAACCGAAGAAUGCUUCCCCCGGUAAAGGACGAGGCCGACCGAAACGAGCGACACCUGCGAAGAAGACCAAACGCGAUGAGAGCUCGGAAGACGAGGAACCAGAAGAUGAAGAACCCGAACAGGACGAAAACGAGUCCGAGGACGAGAAGCCCCUGAAGAAGGGCAAGGAGGAAAAGAAGAGCAAGGAAGAGAAGGAGCCUGAAGAGGGAGGCCCUCCCAGUGAGGACGAUAUUAAAGAAUUCCUAAAGGAAAUCCUCGAGGAAGCCAACCUAGAGGAGAUCACAAUGAAAACGGUCUGUAAGAAAGUGUACGCUAAGUAUCCGGACCACGAUCUGUCGCAUAAAAAAGAUUUCAUUAAGGCUACAGUCAAAUCUCUUAUAUCAACGUAAGGAUUCCGAAGAGUAACAUUUUGUGUUUUCGAGUUUAUGCACGUUUUAAAUCAACAGCAACAGCAAAUAUCUAACAUGAAUUUAAACGAAAAUGUCCAAGAAAUACGUGAUUCUUACACGUCCAAUCGGACAUAGAUCGGAAGGGGGAUAACAAAUAUUGAAACCAACAAACAUAAACAAACAAAAAACGAUGGAAUGCAUGUUCUGCUGCGAGGAGUUGAUUUAAACAGUAGUCAAAUCAAAUCACAGCCCUCUGUGAAAUGGUCCCAAUACGUCGGCAAAUCAGAACACAGCCACCUCCUUCUCAGUUGAAGGCUAGUAUUUAAGCGACUCAGAGCUGUUUAUUGCACACAAAUGCAACCGUAAAAUCGUUGGCAUUAAGAAGAAAAGAAAACCCAGCUAGGUGUCAUUUACGAAAGUCUAUCAAAACUCUACAUAAUAUAUAAGAAGGCGCAUGGCGACAGCGAUUCUCUGUCCGGGAGUACAAAAUUUCAAUUUUUGUUUUCUUUUUUUUUCCACUUUUGGCAUGAUUAUACAACAAUACUUUCAUAACUUCGGCUUAUAAUAAAAUAUUUUAAUAAGUGUAGCAAUGUUUAUAAAGUUAAAACCUCUUUUCCUCGCCAGUAGAUGGUCGUGCUUGAAUGAUAUUUUAGUCUUUCGAAGUUUAAAAUUUGCUUUGUUUCUGAUAAUACACAGAUAUUUGUUCUUUGGUGUACUCGACAAAUGAAACUGAUUCUGAUCAACUUGUAUAAAAAAAUCGAAACGCGAGACUAACCCUAACCCUAACCUAUAUAGGACAAAUUUUGAACUCCAGACUAACCAUUUUCGGCCUCUAGGAAUAUGGAUCUUUGCAGAAGUUUUGGACUCGACGAAAAGCAGUACACAAAAUUUACCUACACUAAACCAAACUUAGAACAACACACACUCACACACAUAGAGAAAGAGAGAGAGAGAAACCCAUGUGUUAAUGCUACAGACAGAGAAUUUAGUUCAUUUUUAUAUUCGAGAGAGUGAUGUAAUGAUGAAGAAGGCAAGCGCUAUAUAAAUUGCAGUGUUUAAAACUAUUACAAAUACAGACAGGAUGGUAUGAAAAGAAAACAAAAGAAUAUUCAGAUACAAAUAAACAAUAACUAGGUGGACCCUUACUUUAAAACAAAA